UGUUAAGUUUUCAAAACUGCCUGGCAAACAAAAGUGGUUUGCCAAGCAGGAAACAGGAAAACAACCUUGGAAGAGGAGACGCGGUGGACUGUUUCUCUCUGGGACCUAUAUAUUUUCAGACAGAUUAUAAUUAAGCAGACAGUGUUUGAACUCAUGAGUGAAGCAGCUUUUUUUGGCUGUUAAACCGUCUUUAAACCGCAUUUUAGUGCUGUGAUUUAGGACGCACUGGCUCAGGUGUAUUGGUAGUACAAUUGAGAACCCAGUGUUUGGAGUUGGAGUAUUCAUUGAUUAAUCAGAUUUAUUGUGUCAGAGCACAAAGCCUUGUCUGCUUCAUCUAGAGCGCCCGCCCAUUGGGCUUUCUGCGGAGCGAUAGUGGGAGAUUGAUUAUAGUCUCCGGGAUUUGCCGUGGAGGAAGCCAGAGCCUGCUUGGACUGCGAUUUGCUCUCCCAUCGGUGAAAGGGAGCAAGGACUUAUUUCAGUCUGACUCCCUACCGCCAGCACCUACAGAUUCCCCCUGUAUCCUACACAUUUAGUCUCCUGUCUGCAAUCAGGUUUCCCAAUACGCGCAAGUCACGCUGGACUUUUGUCUCUUACCGAGGAGGCUGCGAGCGUGAAUAGACUCCGCAGUCUCGGAUGCGUAGUAAACGGGGAGUGGGUUGGGUCGCCUAGGCGCCUGGCAUUCGCACACGUCGUCAGCGAUAAAAGCAGAUAGGCUAUAGGUGAGGGUGAAAGCGAGGGGAAGCAACACCCGAGGCUUUUAAGCAGGAGGACGCCGGAGAGGGGAGUCGGACACAGGCAAAGCGCCGGACUCACCGGCUGUGGAUUUGACUCUCAAGACAAGCCCCGGCCGCUUUUGUCGCCCGGGAUUCGUAGACCUUCUUCUUCUUCUUCAUUCUGAUUCAGGACCAGCGGUUAACCACAUUGUCAUAUCCGACAAGACAUCUCCUCCUCGUCUAAAGGGAAUAGACUAUAGGAAGUGAAUCUGCGGGGUAACACACAAUGGCAACCGGUGCGCUCCUUCUUGCCUGUGCGCUGCUUGCCGGUGUUGCCGUGGCUCAGAGAGUGGUAACGGUGGAAAGUGGCCCGCUGAUACGGACUGAGGGCUCUCAUGUGACCAUCUGGUGCAACGUGACUGGCUACAAAGAGGGGGUGGAGCAGGACUUUGAGUGGUCCAUGUACCUGCCAUCAGCACCGGAUAGGGAGAUCCGGAUCGUGAGCACGGCUCAGCCAAACUAUGCCUAUGCCGUGUAUGCCCAGAGGGUGAAUAGUAAAGAGAUCUAUGUGGAGAAGCUGAGCCGUGACUCUGCUGUGCUCCAUAUCACCAAAGUGCAGGCCAAGGACCAGGGUCUGUUUGAGUGUUACACACCCAACACAGACGGGCAGUACCUGGGAUCCUACAGCGCACGCACCAACCUCACUGUCAUUGCUGAUUCGUUGACAGUAACAGCUCCAGCCCAGACUCUGUCCAAGGUGGAAGGCGACACACUACAGCUUACCUGUGAGGUGUCUCGGACCACAAUGCAGCACACUCACUUAUCGGUGGGUUGGUACCUGCGGUCCCCAGAGGACGUGGCCGCCCCACCUCAGGAGCUGGUGACUUUGUCAAGGGACUUUGUUCUGCGCUCCGGGGGACCGUACCGGCAGAGGAUGGCGGCAGGGGACCUUAGGCUGGAUAAAACCAGCGCUACGGCCUACAGGCUGACCAUUCACAAGCUGCAGCCAGUGGACCAGGGCCUCCUCUACUGCCAGGCUGCUGAGUGGAUUCAGGACUCAGAUGGCAGCUGGUUUGCCAUGACCCGCAAGCAGAGCGACAAGACUCAGCUCCGCAUUCAGCCCACUGAUCGGGACUUCAGCAUCCAGGUGAGCACGGAGCGACGGUCCUUCACGGCCGGUGAGCCGCUGGAGCUUCGCUGCACCAUUGAGGCCCAGAAUGUGCCUGAGCGUUUCUUCUCGGUGUCGUGGGUCUUCAGCAGCUCACCGGUGGCCGUGGUGGGCCCCAGUGCCGUGCCUGUCCUGGGCCCCGAUUAUGUCGACCGCGAGGCGGCUGGUCACAUGACCGUGCGUAAAGAGAGCUCCAAUGUGCACCUGCUCAAGCUGCAGCACCUACGCUCCGAAGAUGCUGGGAAAUACAUCUGCCGCGUGACUGAGCGGGAGAAGACGCCCACAGGAGACUUCAUUGACCGCAGCAAGAGGUCCCGCAAUGUCCAGAUCACAGUCCAGCCUCUCAAGAGCAACAUCACAGUCUCAUUGUCCAGUAACUCCUCGGAGGUCCUAGAGGGCGAUGUGAUCCAGUUGACGUGCUCGGUCCACUCCACUACAGGCCCCCUGUCUGUUGUCUGGCAGUGGACAGACAAGCAGGCAACUGGACCGGCCCAGGAGGUGGCCUCCGUGGAUCGGGAUGGCACUGUAUGGCACAGUCCCACUUACAGAGAGCGCUCCAGCUAUGGGGAGAUACGUGUGGAGAAGGUGCGGGCCGACACAUUCUCUCUGUCCCUGUAUAAUGCCGUACCUGGGGACGAGGGCCAUUACCGCUGCACAGCUACUGAUUGGCUUCAGACUGGCACUGAACCAGAGCUAAACUGGGAGAAGAUAGGAGAGAAGUCAGCCACCAAGACAGUCACCGUUAAGACUGUUGAGUCUUCAUUCAUGGUGUCUGCCUCAUCACGGACGCCAUCUGUUACCUUCGGAGACUCCUUUGACCUCCUGUGCCUGGUCAAGCCUCGUCACAACCCUCGUGUCCCCACUUCAGUCACCUGGCGCUUCAUGCCGGCUGGCGCAGAAGGUGACGACAAGGAUCAGGGAGAGUUCAAAGACCUGGUGACUUUCACCCGAGAGGGCACGCUGCAGUGGGGGGAGCAGUUGCUGGGCCUGGGUACCCGCACCACAGUGGACCGCUCCCACUCCAAUACCAACUUUCGGUUGUCAGUGACCCGGGCAGGCCGUCGUGAGGCGGGCAAGUACCAGUGCACCGCCAUCCUGUGGAGGAGGAACUACGACAACAGCUGGAGCCGAGUAGCCAACCGCACUUCCAACCUGCUUGGCAUCAGUGUCCUACAGCCAGAGAGCAAGCUGCAAGUCCAAAAGACCAACCAGUCUCAGGUGUACCUGGAGGACAGUCGUGUCAGGAUCAAUUGCUCCAUCACCUUCCAGACCAGCCAGGACUCCCAGCAUGCUGUGCUGUGGUACGUGAGGCGUGCAACCGGGUCAGAAGCCGAUGAGCUCCUGCUGAGAAUUGAACGCUCGGGGGCCUUUGAGUACGGCGCCUAUGCAGACGAGGAGAGACUGCGACGCAGAGUGCAGGCCGAGAGGCUGUCACCCCGUCUCUAUGUGCUGACGCUGAACAGAGCAGAGAACAGCGAUUCUGGGACAUAUUACUGCCUGGUGGAGGAGUGGCUGAGUGACCCAGAUGGAGCCUGGUAUCGACUCUCCCGGGAGUCCUCAGGAUUCACGCAGGUUCUGGUCAGACAGCCAGAGGUUCGAUUGCAAGUGGAGGAAAUGGAGUCAAACGUGACAGUGGAAGAGUCUGGCUCUAUACGAUUGGGCUGUAGCAUUCCUUCACAGUCGUCCCGAGAUUCCCGCUUCUCUGUGUCCUGGUAUGUGGAGCGCUCCGAAGACGAGGACGACGAGGAACAGCCUGGUGAGGAAGAGGGAGAACGGGAGUGUGUGUUCUCCAUCGGCCAUGAUGCCGUUUUCGGAAAUGGGAACUGCAGCCCCAGAGAAGAGGCGGGGCCAAAUUCCCGCCUGCAGUUUGAGAGGAUGACCUCUGACCAGUACAGCCUGACCAUUCAAGGAGCACGACCAACAGACGCAGGCCGAUACUACUGCCAUGUAGAGGAGUGGCUACUCAACCCCCGCAAUGCAUGGUACCGCCUGGCCACCAACAACUCUGGGCUCACUAUCGUCAAUGUACUGCAACAAGUGUCCACACUCCAGUCGGUGGUGUGCUCCAACGACUCCCUCUUCUACUUCGUUUUCUUUUACCCCUUCCCCAUCUUCGGCAUCCUCCUCAUCGCCGUGCUGCUAGUGCGCUACAAGAGCCGCAACAACAGCAAGAGCCAAGAAGGCAAGAAUGGCGCCCCCCUCCUGUGGAUUAAAGAACCCCACCUCAGUUACUCUCCCACCUGUCUGGACCCACCUGCACUCAGCCUGCACCCUGGCUCUGUUGACUAAGUGAGGGUCUCCCCCACCCCCCCUGCCUCGCGCACAUCGCGGAUACAACCAACACAAUGCCAGGGAGCAGAUCUGGACUCCACCUUCAGACCUUACUGUCGUUCACUGCUGUGUUGAAUUAGUUGAUCAGUUUAAAAAUUCCUACCCUGGAGGCUGCCUGUUUUAUGUUAACAACUGUGUGUGUUUGGGUGUGUUUGGGUGUGUGUGGGUGUGUGCGUGGACUAGAAUGGGUGUGCCAUGUUAGCACGAUUAAUUGUGUGAGCGUGAAUUGAAGGGCAAGAGAGUAUCAUGAGCCUCUCACCGUUUUGUUUUCUGUGAAACUUAACCUCAUAGCUGCAUUUUGAUUUUUAUUACUCUGAAUAUUUGUAUAUUUUUAAAAGAGAAAAAAAAACUGCGCACAUGAGAUCACUGGCCAAUCGGGGAAGAACAUUUAAGAGAAGGAACUCUAUAAUCGACUCCGGCAAUGAGUGGAUGCCAAAAAAGUCUCCACACUGAUCCAAGAGCAGCCACAGCCUGGCCCACUGUGUUGGUUGCUAUAGUGAUUCUCAGCACCCACUGACUCCGUAGCUGAUGACUUGGUUGCCAGCCUGCAUAGAGACAAAGGCAAGGACACACAAGUCUGUGUCCUAAGUGAGGAUGUGUGUAUGUGUGUUGGCCCACCUGCCUCCACAAUGAAUUUGCCUUGGCAGACAGAAACAGGUCCUCGUGCGCCACUUAAACACUGCCAGACGCUCUGGCCUUAGCGAGAGACUGCUCCGCUCUUCUUUUCUACCCUCUUCCUCUCCGAAAAGAGACAGCAAAAGAAAGAGAGGGAGGAAUGUCGGAAAUGAUGGAGAAUAAAUGAACAGCGCUCUCCUGCUGAGGAUAUAUGUACUUUAACAUAACAGAUUUUUUUUUGUUUCAGUGCCAAAACCUCCUUAUUUCCGAUGCUGUCCUCUGCAGCUAAUGUUAUGAAGUUUUAAAGAGAGGGGGGAAGCUGAUUGGUUUUGAGGCAGAUUGUAAAUACCUUGUGGGCAAAAGGGCAAUUUUUACACUCAUGUUAAAUCAAAUGAAUUGUCCUGCUUAAAUUACACAGUGGGGGUUAUUAACUGAAGUUAAAUUCUUGCACAUUUCUUUAGGUUGCCCAGUAUGACCACUCUGUCCUGUCUUUAAAAGAUAUCAGAAGUUCAAAAGAUGUGUAUUAGUUUAAAAAAAGACUUUUGAUUUGUUAAAAGCCACAUGGAAGAUUAAUAAUGUGUAGAUGUGUAGUAAAACACACAUUUUAUCUGCACAUUGUAAGAAAACAAAUUGAUGGGCGGGAGCAAAUGUUUGACUUGUGUGUUUAUUUUAAAGAUUUUUCUAUUUAUUGUUUUAUACUACUUUGCAUAGCUUUGUCAGAUUUUCUUUUUGCUUUGGAAUUCUCUAAGAACUGUUCUGCUUGUGUUGCCAGGCAACUGCACCAAGCAGAUUAUGUCAAUAGCCUGUGUGUUGGCAAUGUGGUAGAUGUAGAAAUGCUAGAUUUGUCCUGCGCAUUGCAGUCUGUAGCAUUUCAUACCAGAUUGUCAAGUUUGGUCAGUGUCAAAACACUGUAUAUCUAUACCUAUAAUGAAAAUUACUGUGGCUUUACAUGUACAAUAGUUGAACAGACAAGUCACAAAAAUGGAUUCACUUAAUGCUUUUUGCUUGAGUCGCGUUUAUUUAGUGAAAUGUGAUGUAACACCUAGGUAGGAUGUUUGAUCAAGGACAGCUGAAGCUAAACUAUUAAAACGUCUUCUAAUCAAGGAUUCUCGCUAAAGGCGUCAACUUCAGCUCCCCUGAUGUGAGGCAGAAGGGUUGAAAAUCUGUGUCACCUUCCCUGGAAUGCAACAACCAGGAGAAGUGUGAAAUCUGACUGGACAUGAAAACUCUUGGAAAAACUUGACAUUGUUGUCUCAAUCAUGUCAACAUGUAUAUUGCAUGACAAUAUUGCAGGAGGAAUUUUGAUGUUUUGUAAACUUUGAACUCUUUGAGCAUUGUGUUCGUGUGACAGAGCAGUGCCCCCCCACCCCCACCCCAACUUCCUGAGCCAAGAGUCAACACAAAGCCCAAUCCCUUGUCAUUUACAAUAUCUGACUGCCAUUUCCAGGUGCCCUGUGAACCUCUGAAGUAAUCUAUCAAGAAUGGGUGUUGUGGAGAUUGUGUUUGAUAUUAUUGCUCAGAUUUGUCUUUUUAAUGCUUUGCUUUUAUGCAGCACUUCAUUAAACAGAUACAUGUCCAAAAACAAGCCAAAACUACAUAGCUGAUCCUGACACGAGCCACCAAUUUCUGAGAUUUCAACUUCCUUCACUAUUUUUCAAGGUAACCAGUCCAUUUCAAGUAGACCACACUAUUCCAGGUGCAGUAAGGCUGGUGCUAUUUAGUCAGGAGAAUUAGAAAUGUGAUGCAUGUGCAGCAAAUUCAGCUACAACUAAACUGAUCAGUGUCUUCAAAGAAAAGGUCCAUCGCCUGUCUACUCAUUAUUAAUUAUUAAUUAUGUGUUUACAAGUGUUUUCACAAAAGUGAUAUUGAUGUGGAUAAAUAAUCUUUAGUAGAGAAUUGGGAUAGUGUGCACAUCCAACUUCAGUUGCGUACAAGGUGCCGGACAAAAGCAGCACAAAAUGGAAAAAGAUAAGCGGUACACACACUGAAUAUUGCAAGCUCUAAAGUAGUUAAUGAGGCAACAUCCAUGUGCGAGAAAAACAACAAAAUGACAACUCCACCUACAACAAGAAGAACACAUGAUACAUAAAAAUUCCCAUAAGCCAAAAUAAUCAUCCACUAUAUACAUAAACUCACAUGACAACGAUGCUAAAACUGGCUAAUAGCCUAUCCAGGGUAUAUAUACAGUAUAUACUGUAUAAUACACAUUUUUGACAAAUGUACAAUGAUAGAAAUAUUUACAAUAUUGUGAUUGUGCAUGAGAAAAAUACAUUUUUAAAAAGUCUUAGUAUUUUGUGAUGUUCUCAUUGUAGAGUUGUCAUUUUCUCUGUAUAUAUGGCCUAUUUUUCUCACACAUUGGUGUUUGCCUAACAAAGAACUUGGUGGUCGAAAUGUUGCCUCAUUAAAUUGCAAUAUUCUGUGUGUGGGCUACCUCUCUUUUUCCAUUAUAAACAGUCUUUAGCCUCCUGUUGCUAGUUGACCUGACUUGCUAGUGCAAGUCAAAGGUAUAUAUAUCAAAACUGCAGGAAAGUCAUUCUGUGCAUUUUCAGGCCUCAGUAUCACCAGGAAUAAUUGAUGGAGCUGUUGGAAAGGUCUUAUGUGAUUUGACAGUAAUAGUUGCAUAUCUUAUUGAGUUUUGCUUUGGCAGUAAAUACUAAUAGGAUGAUUUCAGUUUUUCAUAAGCAAAAAAAAAACUAGAGGAGCUUGUUUGUUGGUUGACUGAUUGCUUUGUAUAAAUCUUGAACAUUCCCAGAGAUGCAGGUUGUGUAACUGGUGCCACAGAACAGCCGCUUCAGCUUCAGUAUGUAAAUCACAUAAUCCUAGACUUAAUUCAUGCAAAAUUCAUUUCAUCUUUCUAGACUUGAGCCAGGAAGUGCAGGGCGUGGUCGCGGUGUGUGAUGUCACAGCACUGCCGCCAUCAUUGGGGCUGUACAGUCGAACUCUGAAUGCUGUCUUUUGUAGUAAUAAUAUUAAUAUCAUCCAUAGCUGCCUCCCAAGAUUCCUCCAGAUGUUCUGACAGUGUUGUAGCUGGGUUUUGAGGGCUGCAUGUAUUGGCUGUGUGCUGGCUCCAGAUUUAGGUGUAAAAUAGUUUGUGGUGAUGUUUUCAGUUCAGCCAGUGAUGCUUUACUUUCAGUGAUGUAUUUUUAUAUGACCAUGGUUUGUUUCUUUUUUUCUUUUGUUAUUUUAUCAAGUAGUUGCCAUCGUGACCAUUAAAAAGGCACUUUGCUAUUGUCAGUUUAUUGCAAUAAAAUAGAUUCAGUGCAA